AGUUAUCCUCCCCACCACGAGUGACUUUCCCUGAGUCGCUCCUCCUGUGUGUUGACGCUGGGGAUGAGGGAGGCAGCGUGAACUGUACGUGUCGAUGCGGAUCAGUGAGUUGGUGAUGGUCAGUCGGGUGUGACGAGAGAAAGCAGUGCGAUUGUGCCAAAGCCCUCCAUCAGUAUCGACGAUGCUUCGUCAGUCGCCUCCUAAUCACGGAGUGAACUUAGUGAACAGUGCAGGGGGAUCCUCCGUGUGAGCGUGUCCUGGCCAAGAUGAAAGACCCGACUCCUGCCUGAGACAGAUUCCUGCAGAACUCCGACCCAUACCUCCACUCUCCUCCACGCCCUUCCACUCCCCUCCACGAUGGUGGUUACAGCCACCGGCAAGCACAGCGAUGCCUCCACUACUCCAUCUCUACUUCUUUGCCCUCCUCCUGCUCUGCUCCUUCCAGGCGUCCCAACACCAGAGCAUCCCUCAGAGCAUCACCUACAGCCUGGAGGAAGAAGCUCCUGUCGACACCUUAGUCGGCAAAGGUGUCUGGAGACUCUGGAAUCAAGGAGGUGCUCGGGGAGGAGGCCCUGUCCUCACUGCGCUACAGUCUGCUCUCCAAGGGAAACCAGUACAGUGGUCUCUUCCAGAUUUCCUCCACCGGAGGCUUUCUGACCGUUGCAGGCCGAAUCGACCGAGAAACACUGUGUCCAUUUCUCGGACAGCUGUCAGCUGAGCUUAGAAGUCGCCGUGCAGUCCUCUGAUGGCUUCUUCAAAAACGUCAAAGUCGAAGUCGUUAUCAGAGACAAGAACGAUAACUCCCGACCUUUCCAGGCAGAGCAUGACACUGAACGUGUCGGAAGCGGUCAGCAGAGGCUUCACUCUCUCCCUCGAGCCCGCCUCCGACAAAGACGCCAGUGAGAACUACUCAGUGCAGUCCUACAUGCUAGAGCCCCAGAGUGCGCCCCCUUCACCAUCGUCCAGUCCCACAAUCUCGUCGGGAUCCCGCAGCUGAGUCUCGUGGUCAGCGGCCCGCUGGACAGGGAGGUCGUGCCUGUGUACAAUCUGACUGUUUGGGCGUACGAUGGCGGACAACCGCCCCGCGCCGGCGCCAUGACAGUCAGUGUACUGGUCCUGGAUGUCAACGACAACGCCCCUACCUUCACCAAGGCCGUGUACUCGGUCAACGUCAGCGAGUCAGCCCCGGAAGGCACCGCCAUUUUGACUGUUUCCGCUACUGACCCGGAUGACGGCGACAACGCUGCUCUACAGUACACCAUCAGCGUGCAGCAGCCCAGCAGUGAACGCCAGAAACUGCGAGUAGGGGCCAAGGACGGGGUCGUGACUCUGGCCAAGGCACUAAAUGUGGGUGUGCACCGCGUGCUGGUGGAGGUGCAGGACGGAGGAAGUCCACCUAUGGCUGCGCAGGCAGUCGUGCAGGUCACCGUCCUUGACACCGACAACAACCCGCCCGCGCUAAACGUUGACCUGCUCUCUGUGUUGGACAUGAAGCCCGGCUUCGUGCCUGAGAGGGCAAAGGUCAGCACGGCCGUGGCCUACAUGGCCGUCUCGGACCCUGACACCAACGCGAACGGUAUCGUCACCUGCUCGUGCCACAGCGACCGCUUCGACCUGCAGCCGCUGGACCUCAACGAGUACAAGGUCAUCAUCAACAUGCCGCUGGACCGCGAGGAGGAGGACCACUACACUGUUCUCAUCACGUGCGCGGACGGCGGCUCGCCACGACUCAGUGCCAGCGCCACCUUCGACAUCUGGGUGGUGGACGCCAACGACAACGCUCCCGCCUUCCUGCAGAAGGAUCACUUCGUAUCGGUUGCCGAGAACAACAGCCCCAGCGACGGGCUCAUCCAGGUGGCGGCGACAGACGCGGACAGCGGCGACAACGCCAACGUCACUUACUCGCUGCUCGGGGCUGAAGGAAAUUUCCUGAUCGGUGCGCAGAAUGGACUGGUCAAGGUAAUUCACAAGUUCAACUACGAGCAAAGGUCACGCUACGUCUUUUACGUGCUGGCUACGGACCACGGGGACCCGCCCUUGACCUCCACCGCGACAGUGACCGUCAACGUGCUUGAUGUCAACGACGAGAUCCCCACCUUCUCGGCCCAAGAAUACGUGAUGUCUGUGGACGAAAGUGUCAAGCCAGGCACGUACAUCGGGAACGUGUCUGCCUUUGAUCCGGACACGGGACCAGGUGGGCAGGUGGUGCUGUCCAUCGUCCAGAGCCUCGGAUCGGACUUUCCCAUCCCCUUCGCCAUUCGAAACACGGGGGUCAUCGUGACCACUGGUCCACUGGACCGCGAGCAACGUGGCAGCUACGUGUUGUACGUCAUGGCCAAGGACCAAGGCAGUCAGCCACUCAGUUCCACGGCGCUUGUCCGCAUCGACAUCCUGGACAUCAACGACAACCCGCCUCAGUUUGUGUUUCCGGAGAACGGCAGCAACACCUACACCCUCCCCAUCCCAGUCCAGGCGAACUUUAUAGUCGGCACAGUCCGGGCCGUCGACCCUGACUCCGGCCUGAACAGCGUCGUGUCUUACUCCACCGUGGGAGGUAACUCCAGCUACUUCCGGGUGGACGAGUUCACGGGGUCGCUGAUCACGGCUCGUGACAUGGACGAGGCGCAGGUGGGCAGCUACUACCUGCUGGUGCGCGCCACAGACAAAGGGUCGCCGCCGCUGUCCAGCGAGCAGAAGAUCAGCCUGUACGUCACCCGUCACGUGAGCGGCGAACUGACUGGCGACGACGACCGCUACAUUGUCAUCGUCAUCGUCAUUGUCGUCUUUACAGUGGUGGUGGCCGCUGGCGUCUUCACCACGCUGUGCGUGCUUCGCAAGCUGGACCAAGACCGGAAACUCAAGUACAGGGCCGCCUGUUGCCCGGAUACUGAUGCGGGUGGCCAGCUGGAGAUGGCGGGUACUCAGUGUCCUGCGGACAAUCAGCAGGUGCACUCGCUGAGCCAUGACGUGGAGAAAAUGUCAAAGAGAGGCUGCAGCAGCACUUCCGACUCUGCCUACGCUUCCAGUGAAGUCGGUGAGACCGGAAGUCACACCAUAGGAUCUUCAAGCAUGCUGGGAUUGCCAAGGCAGCGGACGUGUUAUGUCAGGGGCUCGCAGUCCUUCAUGCUCACCCCGUCCUACGGUCAGCAGGGCAGGAAGGCGCCCUUGUUCCAUCCUGAGACUGGCCACCGAGCAGACGACUUCCACAGCACCAGUUCCACGGAGACGACAGCUGGAGACAGCGGUCACGGCAGUGACGAGGAGAUCCCCAGCAGCAGCAGCGUGCACAACAUCCGGCGAGGCCGCUGCGCGACAGUCCCCUCCCGUCAUGCAACAGUGCACGAAGCGGUCACGGCGACACGACCUUCACCCCUCUGCCUGCCAGCUCGUAUGAACACUUCCUUCUACUUCGACACCCCGCUGUCCACCUUCUCUCGCUCCCUCCAGCCACACGGCACGGCGGGCGGCAAGGUGCGAGAAGGUCGCAAUCCAAACAACGUGCGGUUCUCGCCAAACGUGACUUACGAGAACUCCAGUGCUCACCCACCAUUUCAGACCAGAGGGCGCUGUGCGGCCAGUGACGAGGACAGCGAACUGGACACCACCACAUCCGGGAGCUACAGCGUGGCCACCGAUGACGUGUAUGGGGACUGGGUUCACCACGCCGGUGCUAUUUAUAGUAACGGAAACGGAAGUGGAGAAGGUCAUUAUAAAAAUGUGGAGCACGAUCUCCUGGUGUAGCCAGACAUUCAUGCUUCAUCCACUUGCAAUAGAGUGCAUGUGCGCGUGUGAAUAUGUUCUCUGUACAUGCGUGUGUGCGUGUGUAGGUGUGUGUGGACAGCUUGUAGAGUGUUGGAACGUCUGGAGUCUGUGUGUGAAAAUAUUGUGAAUUGUUUUCACUUACAUCUCUCAAGAGAUGGACAAACCUUACUGAUAUUACUCAUGUGAAAAGUCACUUGUGUUUGUGCAAUGGCACGUGAAUGUGAUGUUGUCUGACAUAGAACUGACGCUCAGUGGUUGCUAGGCACACACUGACAAACACACUCUCGUCCCCGUGUCACUCGAUGUUUCGCUUCCAAAAGCGAUGUGGUAUGUCAUAGGUCGCUGUGUUCAUCUGUCAAUCAUUUUAAUUUCUCCACACAGGUAGCGUGGCUUCAAGCGCGCACACCCCGACACAUAAACACAGAAUAGAACAGUUUGCUUGUCACAUAAUCAUGGAUGUACAGACUGCCUCGUGUGUAAUCUUAGUUCGGAAUGAGUGAAGGAGGUAGAAACUAGAGAAAGAGAGAACGUGGGUGUAUGUGGAAUUAUUGUACAUACUUAUGAGAGAGGUACAGACAUGUGGAGUGAGUGAACUGAUGGACUGUUGUACAUUUCUGAGCGAUGGAAGGACAUUGGAUGGAUUGUUGUACACAUUCAUGUUGUAACCGUGUUCCGCCUUGUGUUCCUUGUUGUAGCACAUUCCUCGAUGACACACUUCCUGUAAAACUACACACCAACUCUGUCUCACACCAAAAAGAAGAAGAAGAAAAAAAAAGAAAGUUUUGUCGAUGGAGAAAAGUUGAAAAUAAAAAUGAAAAUCUGA